GCCUACUCUGGUCUUAGGACGCGUUUCGAGCUUUACAAUGUCGGAUAUACCCACGCGACCGCCCGCGCCAGCACCGCCGCUUCCUGCGGGCUGGACCGAGCACAAGGCACCUUCAGGACACACGUACUUCUACAACAAGGAGACGAAGAAAUCCACGUAUACUCGCCCUGUAGCCGAAACACCGCAGUUUUACAACCAUCCUCCACCAUCAGCACCGUCCACGUUCGAUGCGACACCCAACUACAACAUCCACAACGCUCAGCCUGCCCAAAAUGCUUUCAAUCCACAGCAGCAGAUGCAGAACCUCAUAUUUGGGAGCGCGCCAAGACAAGCUUUUCAACAUAGCGGACCCCAGCACCAGGGACGAGGCGGACAUCGUGGAGGUUUUCGUGGAGGGCACAACAACUAUGUCGAGAGAAAGCGACCGCAGGAAGACAGGCCAAAGCACCGCCAGGACAUACCAAACUGCGCGCCCUGGGUGCUGGUCAAAACGAAGCUGGGAAGGAGGUUUGUGUGGAACAAGGACACGAACGAGAGUUUCUGGAAGUUCCCGCCCAACGUGAUGAAGGCUGUGGUCGAGUUUGAUCGAAGAGAGCGCGAGAAGAAGGAACGCAAGGAACGAGGGGAGCCAAGCGACGUCGAAGAGGACACCGCCAUGGCAGACAUCGAGGCAGAACUUGCGGCGGCCGAAGAGGAGGUCGAGAUAGUCGAGGUUGAUGGCGAGGAGGGCAUGGAGAAUGAUGAGGAGUAUGAGGAAGUUGAGGUCACAGAUGAUGAGGGAGAAGGAGCAGAGAACGCAUCUAAGCGCCAACGAACGGAGGAACCGACUGGAAACCCUACCCAAGAAGAAGACGACGAUCUAGCAUGGCAGCUCGCGCAGAUGGAAGAGAUGGAAAUGGGCGACGAAUAUGAAGAGGAAUACGACGACGAAGUCCCUGCAUUGACCGAAGAAGACUGCAAAGCCUUGUUCAAAGAGCUGCUAGACGACACACGAACAAGUCCCUUCACGCCUUGGGACAAGAUCCUAGACCAAGGCGUCCUAUACGACGACGAACGCUACAAAGCCCUGCCAAACAUGAACGCGCGCAAAGACUGUUUCAAUGAAUGGGCGCGUGACAAAGUGCAAUUCCUCAAAGAAGAAAAAGCCACACAGCAAAAGCGCGACCCACGGAUACCAUACCUCGCCCUCCUCGACAAGCACGCAACACCAAAGCUCUACUGGCCCGAGUUCCGCCGCAAAUUCAAAAAGGAGCCUGAGAUGAAAGACGGCAAGCUCUCCGAUAAAGACAAGGAAAAGCUGUACCGCGACCACAUCAAACGACUGGGCAUGCGCCACUCGGACCUCAAAUCCGAUCUGUCCGCCCUCCUCAAAGCCCAACCCCUCGCCGCUCUCCAUCGCUCAACCACGAUCGACACCCUCCCCUCGUCUAUCCUCACCGACCUGAAAUACAUCUCCCUCCCACCUUCGACCCGCGACUCCCUCAUCGAGACGUACAUCUCGACCCUGCCCCCAGCCCCCGAGGGCGCGGCGUUGUCCGCGGAAGAAGAAGCCGAGCGCGCGAAGAAGCGUGCAGAAAGGGAACGCAGAGAAAAAGCGCUCGCGGACCGUGAGCGCCGUGUGCAGGAGGAGAAGAGGCGGCAGGAGCGGGACCUGGCGUUUGGCAAGGGGCGACUGCGCGAAGAAGAAGCGGAGAUUGAGCGCGCGAUGAGAGUGGGGAAAGAGGGGCUGCGGGGGCAUUUGAAUGCGUAGAUGUAAUUAUUCGCUAAUAUGAGUUGUGGUAUGGAUGAAAAUUGAGGGGUUUCAGGGGACGUGGAAGUGAACGAUACCCGUUUGUAAUACACGCAAAGCUAGACAUUAGUGUGUCAUUUUGCUGACUGAUAGGCG